GCCGUCCUUGCAAUUGGACUCUGGCUUCGGUUUGAUUCACAGACCAAGAAUAUCUUUGAUUUGGAACACAAUGAUACAACUUUCUAUACAGGGGUUUACAUUCUGAUCGGAGCCGGCGCCCUCAUCAUGCUGGUGGGCUUUCUGGGGUGCUGUGGGGCGAUCCAGGAAUCCCAGUGCAUGCUUGGAUUGUUUUUUACCUUCCUUUUCUUGAUCUUUGCUCUUGAAGUAGCUGCUGCUAUCUGGGGGUUUGCAAACAAGUCAAAGAUAAUUGAAGAAGUACAGAAUUUUUAUAAAUCCAUGUACGACAAAAGAAAGGAAGCAAGUGUUAGGGAUGCUCUGAAAACCUUUCAACUUGCGAUGAACUGCUGUGGCACUUCAGGAUUCAUAGAGCCUGAAUACCGGGACACAUGUCCUGAUAACCCAAAGCCGUGCCCUUCAGCUGUGGAGGAAUUCUUCAAAAACAAGUUGAACAUAGUGGGGGCUGUUGGCAUCGGAGUUGCUGUGGUGAUGAUUUUUGGUAUGAUUUUCAGCAUGAUUCUUUGCUCUGCUAUCAGAAGAAAUCGAGAAAUGGUUUGA